UAGACUAAUUCUCCAAACUUGAGUGUUAUAUAAAGCAUAUUAACAAUGCAUGACAUUUCAUUAUAAGCUUAUUAAACCAAAAUAGAGUAAAACUCAUUCUUGAAUCCUUGUGAUCAUCUCCUAGUUUUCCAAGCUAACUAUAAUAUCCUUACAACAGUGGUUCUCACUUUCCGAUGGCGUCGACCGGAGUGGUGUUGUCGUUAGUAUUACUAGCAAGUGUUACAAUAGGAGUCUUUGCUAAUGACCCUGACAUGCUUCAAGAUGUUUGUGUUGCUGAUCUUCCAUCAGCAACACGUGUAAAUGGAUUCACUUGCAAGAAUAUUGAUCAGAUAACAGCAGAAGAUUUCUUCUUCGCCGGAAUCGGUCAACCCGGUCAAAUCACCAACAACAUUCUAAGAUCAAAAGUAACCGGAGCAAACGUUCAAGACAUUCCUGGUUUGAACACCUUAGGAGUGUCCAUGGCUCGAGUCGAUUUCGCUCCUUACGGUCUAAACCCACCUCACAUUCAUCCUCGUGCCACUGAGAUGAUUUUCGUUCUUCAGGGUGAAUUGUUGGUUGGAUUUAUAACCACAAAUAAUAAGCUCAUUUCUAAGGUUGUUAAAACGGGAGAAACAUUUGUGUUUCCAAGAGGUUUGGGUCAUUUUCAAAAGAAUUUAUCAAAAUAUCCAGCUGCUGUUUUAGCUGCUUUUAACAGUCAAUUACCGGGUACUCAGCAAUUUGCAGCUGCUCUCUUUACUUCUCAGCCUCCUGUGCCUAAUGAUGUUUUGGCUCAAGCAUUUAAUAUUGAUGUUAAAAAUGUUGAGAACAUUAGGGCUGGCCUUUCUUCUUAACAUGUUUGUUGUCCUAAGUUGAUUGGGUGUUUGAUUUGUUAUGUUUGUAAGAAUUUUUAAUGUUGAUUUGUUUCUAUUUUUAUUCUUUUACCUGAUUUUAUAUUAUUGUAUUAAAAUUUUAGCUUUGUUGUACUCAAAUUUAAUAAAAAUGAUA